CGGACACAUCAAAGUUUCUGUCAAAAAUGAAAUGUCAAUUGGUUCACUUCAGGAAAACUGAGGAAAACAUUUUUAAUUAUUUCCUGUUGAAUUUGUUAAUGAAGAAUUAAUUAAGUAUCGAUUGAGAUCGCACACUAAGAUGGAUUGGUCAAUGGUGAGGAAUCACUUCAAACAGACCUGGUUGACUACGCUGCUCAGUCUUAUCUUAUUUACUGGAGUCACCUACUUUUUGGUUUGGGCUGAGACUCAAACGAUUCAAAGCAAUUUGAUGUUAGAAGAGUUAGUAUCACAUGCAGAGAGUAUAGAUGUGCACACAAACGAUGAAUCAGCACGCUUUGAGGGCCGGGUUGUACAUAUUGUGGGGCCUCUAAGGAUCCUUGAACCAAUAUCAGAGCCCGAUUACAACAUACAAGUGCAGGCUGUGAAACUACGUAAAAGAGUGCAGAUGUAUCAGUGGAUAGAGGAGACUACUGAUCAAGAAAAUUUCCUUUCGGAGCCUGGUGAUGAAUCCCAGAAAACCUAUUGGUACCACAAAGACUGGAGAGACUAUGUUGUUGACUCUUCCUUGUUCUACAUCAGACCUGGUCAUCACAACCCUGCUUCAAUGCCUUUAUUUAGUGAAACUCAUAUAGCUGAGAAUGUUAAAAUUGGCUGUUUGCUUUUAAGUCUAGAUGUAAAAAGAAAGGUGAAUGACUACUAUGAAAUUUGGUCUGAUUCAAAACCAGAGCGCAAUGACAUCAAGCUACAUUCUGGAUUCUACUAUCAUGGCGAGAGUGCUCUAGAACAUCAGAUCGGCGAUCUUCGAAUACAUUUUUCUUAUGCUGGGCGAGAGGAUGAUAUUUACACAGCAGUUGGCGUAGUUGAAAGUGGAACAUUACAGCCAUAUAGUCCAACACAUUUUCCAACUGCAGACCCUAUAUCGCUGCUACGCAAAGGGUCAUAUAGCUUGAAACAGCUGCAUGAUUUGGAACGCCGAGACGCCAAUACUCAUACAUGGAAGUAUAGACUGUUAGGUUUCAUUCAAGUCUUUGCAUCAGCUAUGACGCUUCAUCCUGAAUGGAUCACGAUUUUUCUCCAAUGUCAGUGGAUUUCAAGCAGCUUAAGACGUUGUACUAGAGUGUGGGUCAACUUCAUCUUAUCAGUGUCAUACACAUUGCUAGUAAUAUCAAUACCAUGGUUGCUCCAUAAACCGACAUUCGGUGCGAUGGUGUUUGGCGUGGCCAUCCUCCCUCUACUCCACUAUUCGACGCUGAUGACGCGACGCGACUCGACGCCUGAACCGCCCCCGUAUGCGCGAUGGAACGACAAUACGCGAUGAAAGUACCACAAAAAUAAACAGCACAUAGGAUAACAAAAACUUCCAUGGUCUCUGACACUUAGGAUAGUUACUUGUAUUGGGACUUCAUACUAUAAUGUAUAAUACAGGGUGUUAGGUAAAUGAGUAUAUGAGCCGACACUAGCCCAUG